GGCAACAUUUCUCAGGAGCUGCCUGUGAAGUGAAUCAUGCAUCAGGCUGUUCUCACACUGCUGUGCGCUCUUGUGUUUGGAGUGACUCUUACACACUCUGCAGGGCAAGCAGGGGCGCUAUCACAACGCUGUUUCUGCAGAGGCAGACCGCUGAUAGCAGUGAAGUCCAGAUGGAUUCAUGCAGUUGAAUUGUUCCCUCCAAGUCCCUCUUGCUCAAAGAUGGAGAUUAUAUUGACUGUGACUGGAAAAGGAAAGGGUAAAGGAAAGGAGGUGAACAAAAAGUUAAAGGUGUGUUUGGAUCCAAAUAAGAGGCAAGGACAGAGAUUUCUGAAGGGCAAAUGGAAGCAAAACAAAAACAAAAAAAAGACCAGAGGAAGAAAAGAGAAGAUUAUACAUGUCUAACAACAAUGAUGAUUAUUAUUAAAGUUACUCUGUUAUAAUUCACAAGAUUUCAAAGCCAUUUGGCCAUAAAUACAUCCUUUGUGAUUUUAAACAUUUCUCUGAUGAAACUAUAACUAAUAUGGGUUUGUUUUAAUUAAUUCCAGUGAAUGUUUUCUUCCUGAAAUAUGUGUGUGAUGGAGCCAUGAAAUAAAA